AUGCUGAGGCUCGGCGGGCGUGGGCUCUUGCUGGGCCUAGCCGCGGCGGCGGCGGCGGCGGCGGCGGCGGCACGGUGGGUGGGCUGGUGGAGCGGCCGCGCUGGCCUUCGCCUUUUCGCCCCCGAGGAGCUGGCCCGCUACCGCGGCGGCCCCGGGGACCCGGGCCUCUACUUGGCGUUGCUCGGCCGCGUCUACGAUGUGUCCUCCGGCCGGAGGCACUACGAGCCAGGGGCCCACUAUAGCGGCUUCGCAGGCCGGGAUGCAUCAAGGGCGUUUGUGACUGGGGACUACUCCGAAGCAGGCCUGGUGGACCAUGUAGCUGACUUGUCAUUUUCGGAGGUGCUGACCCUUCAAAAUUGGCUUUCAUUCUACGAGAAGAAUUACGAAUUCGUUGGAAGGGUGAUAGGACGGUUCUACAGCGAGGAUGGCCUCCCUACGCCGGAACUGACCCAGGUGGAAGCCAUGAUCAGCCAAGGCUUGGAGGCGGGCCGGCGGGCGCUGGAGGAGAAGCAGACGUUCCCACCGUGCAAUGCCGAGUGGAGCUCCAACAGGGGCAGCCGGUUCUGGUGUUCCCCAGAGAGCGGAGGUGUGAGCAGAGACUGGAUCGGUGUCCCCAGGAAGCUGUACAAGCCGGGUGCCAAGGAGCCCCACUGUGUGUGCGUGAGAACCACCGGACCCCCUAGCGACCAGUCCCCGGACCUCCCUGCAGACACGAACCGUGGGGACUUGGACCACCCCAACUUGGGGGAGUACACGGGCUGCCCACCCUUGGCCAUCACCUGCUCCUUCCCGCUGUGA